GAAGGACGGGCGCAGGGACCCGGGAGAAUCCUCGUGACGAGAUCGCUCGAUAAAGGCGGCGCUCCGGGGUUUGACAAUUUUAAAACAGAACAAGAUGGCGGAGGAGAGCGGGUUGAGGGGUCGGAAGAAUUCCAAGCGGAAUUGUGAAAACAACGCACAUUACCCAGGUUAUUCUGGAGUGGAAGAUGUCCCCAUCAAUUCAUUUGAGGAUCCCGUUCUGCAGUCCAGGCCUGUCCAGAUUGUCCUUGCCCAUGAAGAUGACCACAGUUUUGAGCUGUCCGAGGAGGCCCUAGAGAGGAUUCUUAUGCAGGAGCACAUCCGAGAUCUCAAUGUGGUGGUGGUGUCGGUGGCUGGCGCUUUCCGGAAGGGCAAGUCUUUCCUGCUGGAUUUCAUGUUGCGCUACAUGUACAAUCGGGAGAGCAGUCUUUGGCUUGGUGGUAAAGAAGAUCCAUUAACAGGGUUCACGUGGAGAGGUGGAUGUGAGCGAGAAACCACUGGCAUCCAGGUGUGGAGUGAGAUAUUUGUUGUUGAGAAGCCUGAUGGCAGCAAGGUUGCCGUGCUGUUAAUAGACACUCAGGGAGCCUUUGACAGUCAGUCCACCAUCAAAGACUGUGCCACAGUGUUUGCUUUAAGUACAAUGAUCAGUUCAGUGCAAGUCUAUAACUUGUCUCAGAACAUUCAAGAAGAUGACCUUCAGCAUCUGCAGCUCUUCACAGAAUAUGGACGGCUUGCAAUGGAGGAAAUCUACCAGAAGCCUUUUCAGACCCUUAUGUUUCUCAUAAGAGAUUGGAGUUUCCCAUAUGAACACCCAUAUGGCCUGAAAGGAGGAAUGAGCUUCUUAGAGAAGAGGUUACAGGUCAAACAAAAGCAGCAUGAAGAGCUCCAGAAUGUGAGAAAACACAUUCAUUCCUGCUUCUCCAAUAUCAAAUGCUUCUUACUGCCACAUCCGGGUCUUAAAGUUGCAACAAAUCCAAACUUUGAUGGAAGGUUAACAGAUAUAGAUGAUGACUUUAAAAUAGAACUGGAGAAGCUAGUGCCAUUAAUUCUGGCUCCUGAGAGUUUGGUGGAAAAAGAAAUUAAUGGAUCUAAAGUGACUUGUAGGGAUCUUGUAGAGUACUUCAAGGCGUACAUGAAGAUUUACCAAGGUGAAGAAUUGCCUCAUCCCAAAUCUAUGCUUCAGGCAACAGCAGAAGCUAACAAUCUUGCUGCCGUUGCUGGAGCAAAGGACUUGUAUGGUAAAAGUAUGGAGCAGAUUUGUGGUGGUGACAAACCUUACAUUGCACCUUCCGAUUUGGAAGCAAAGCACCUGGAUUCGAAAGACUCCGCUGUCCGACAGUUCCGGUCUGUGAAGAAAAUGGGUGGUGAGGAGUUUUGUCGGCGGUACCAGGAGCAGCUGGAGAUGGAAAUUGAGGAGACCUAUGCAAACUUUGUUAAGCACAAUGACAGCAAAAAUAUCUUCUAUGCUGCUCGCACACCUGCAACGCUCUGCGCUGUAAUGUUCUUCAUGUACAUCGUCUCAGCAGUGACUGGCUUUGUUGGAGUGAGCUCCAUAGCUACCCUAUGUAACUUUAUAAUGGGAGUGGCACUACUGGCCCUCUGUAUCUGGGCAUAUGUGAAAUACUCGGGGGAGUUUCGAGAAAUCGGAACCAUCAUCGAUCAGAUUGCAGAAACCAUAUGGGAACAGAGGACUCCACGAAAGGUAUUUUCCAGACUUUUUCAGUUGGCGAGAAGUCGAGUGACAUGGCGAAUGUUUGCAUCAGCGCAAAGACUGAGACUUUCUGCAAACAACAAUAACAAGAAGAGAAACUAGCGCCAUGGCUCACUUUUUUUUUUUUUUUUGCUCUUUCUUUCUUGCGUGUGUCCGCCGGGCUGAUUUUAAAAUCUGGUCUCCACAUGUCCUGCCAGACCGACUUGUUUUGCUAAACUUUUUUUUGUGGUUCUGAGUUGCACAUUCAAGGGCCCUCCAUCAGUUAUUCCUGGAGAAGAUCGCUUCUUGGUGGAGCAGCAGCAGGGCCCACACACCGUCAUCGUUUGCAUUUUUAUUUGUUUGCGUUUUCCAUGCGUCUUUUUUUUUUUUUUUGUAUGUUUUCGUUUUCAUUUAUUUUCAUUGUUCUCAUUUUUGCCAUCUUCCUUUUUUUUUUUCCUCCUCCUCCUCCUUUCUUUCUCUUUCCCUCCCUCCAUUCCCACUUUCUAGGUGUUGAAGCCUUUGAGUGAUCAGCUCAUGGAGGACAACAUAAGACAGACUGUGGCCAACUCCAUUAAAGCUGGUCUGACUGAGCAGGUCACACAAAAUGCCAAAUUAAAAAUGAACUGAUGGGCGUCCUGACCCCCCCCCCCCCCCCCCCGUUUACCCACCCACCCCGUCAACCUGGCCUGCCUGACCUCGAGUGCUGCCUGUAGACUAAUGGACUCCGUGAACCAAAGUUUACAAUGCUGAUCUUUCAAAAAGGCUUUGGAGGAAACCACCGAGCACUCAGAAGACGUCCUGCCGGCCGCAGUCCUUCAGGACACCCGUGUGCACGAUGUUGACUUGUGACCAGCGAGUCCCACUCGAACCUCCUCCAGCUUUCAAUUUCCUUUACCCACCAUGGAUUAGUCCAUUUCUGAAGUUUUAAUUGGACAAUGACGAGCUUUAGCCAUUUUUUCUUUCUUUCUUUCUGAAAAAUUGCACUGGAGUCGCGUAAAAGGCAAUUUCAGGGAACGGCAGCCAAUCACUGCUUUGUGUAUCUUUUGGAAUUAAAAAAAGGCGUCCGUAGAAAUGAUUGAAAUACAAAUCCGCCUCCUCCUCCCUCCCCUGAUUGUCUCCAAAUUGUAUUUGUAUCUCGUCAGUCAGCCGCUGCAAUUUUAUUUGAAUUCUCCUUUAGCGUCAGCCUGCCAGUUUUUAGCCAUUUUGCACGUAGUGACGUCCACACAGCGCACGUGGCGGGGAGCGAACGCUGGCGGCAGGGGAGACCUUGGAGAUCACAUUGCCUUGCCUCUUUAUUUUUUUUUUACGUUAUUAUUUUUAAUCUGUAAAUGUGCCCUAAAGGUAUAAGAAGUGACCUCUGGGUGUUCAGUUUUUUUUCUGUAAUAUAAAAGUAAAGGGCAUUGGGAUAUGCCAACGUUUUAACAACAAUUCCAUCCAAACUGACGACCGUCUGUACAGUGUGCUUUACCGUCAGUUUUUCUAUCAGAUUAAUAGGGCAUGUAUAUUUAACUAUAAAUAUAUAAAUACAGAUUUUGUAUCAAAAGUUUUGUAGUUUAUUGGAAAUCCUGGUUCCGUGGUAGGCUCAAGUACAGUUUCCGUAACGGAAUGUUUUUGUGGUCAAUGUCCUAAUGUGAGAAUGCAUUUAAAAUUGGAGUUUUUGAUAUUUUUGUCAUAUAACCAACCUGCCUCCAGCACUGAGAUUCCACCCCGCCUCUGGCAAAGCAAUGGGAAUGUUAAAUAGUUGAACUUGAUUUGUCCUUGCAUUUUAAACUUUAUUCCUGUAAUUUAUUUUUCAAUACAUAAUUAAAUCAAACGAUACAGUACCA